AUGGCCCAAGAUUGUCACGGCAGAUCUCAGCAGAAUCUUGAGGCUGUACGCGACUGCAUUAGCGAGGAGAUGACGUGUUCCCCUGCAGCCAUCAGCGGCACUUUCGGAGCCAAGGUCGCUGUGCGCCGUAACGGAACUUCUGAUGUCAAAAUAAUUCUCACGGCACGACUUCCUGGUGGCCGCUUCCUGCCUCACGCGGGCGAGGCGCGCGCCACUCAGGUCCAGCGAGGCAGUCAUGUCUGCGAGGUGACUGAGGUGGCACUCCGAGUGCCAGUGUCAGUGCCAGGACUGCGAGGAUGUUCGGCGGCCCUGACGCAUCCGACGCUGCCUCGAAACGCGCCUCCCGGCAGCGAACAUCACUCGUCAACGCAGCGACACAAGCGCUCCGCGACUGAAGACGCGUCGCUCGCUCAGCGACGGCGUUCCAUCAUCGCGGCGCUGGACGCUUACUUCGGAUUCGGCGACUCAAGUCCCCGCGCCGUCCGCGACUUGAUGGCAGGAGAAAUGGACUCGGAGAAGGAGAAGCAUUCAGGAAAAAAAGAUUUGAUUCAUGGUACAAUGGAAAUGGAAGAAAAAGAUUUCAAAGACAUCGACAAAGGAACGAAGAACAUGCCGAUGAUCGUGCUAACUGAAGAUUCAAACUUCGAAAAAACUAUGGAUGAGAAAGAAUCCAAAAAGAUGAAAGCAAUGGUGGACCAUAUGCUGCAGGAUAUGAUGCAUUCGAAUUUGAUGAAUAACUUUCAGCAAAGAGAAAAAAUUCCUUCGGUCAUGAGCGGCCACAUGUCGGACAUCAUGCAUGGGUUCGAGCAUCCCAUGAUGAGGGGCUUGAAGGACACCCGUCCGCCACCCAUCACGAAAAGCAACGUGGAUGUCAUAAAAGAAUCCUCACUACAGGAUGCGUCCUUGCGGCUUGGCGCUGAAUUUGCCACGUCAAAUGUCGCCUCGGAGACGCAAAAUAGUUUCCAGGAAAUAGGAAGCGACGGGUUCGAGACGGCGGAAGAAGGCGGGGUCGCCCCAGAGACCGAGGGACACGAACCUCACUUCACGACCCUCGAGGUCGCCCUGGGACCAGCCAUCCUCCCCCUCAACCCUCCAGAAGGCUACUUCGUGCCCUUCAUCCCGCGCAAGGCCUUCGGGGUCGCCAACGGGGUGUCGCGGCCACCUCACGGCCACGCGUCCUUCUACCUCCACAGGCCCGCCGGGCUCGUGGACGUACCGAACUCCCCGGCUUUUGGCUUCCUCUUCAGCGGCCAAUCGAGGUCACCUGACACGGCCGUGGACGAAGCUAAAGCCGAUGCUUUUUGAUGUGCCUCAAAAGGCUUACUUCGCGACGAACGCGCAAUAGGGGAUUUACAUCUUAGUCUGCACCAUCGAUGACAUCCUCUUUUUCUUCAUAUCAAGGCGAAGCAUUGAAAAAAUAUUGAAUAGAACAUAAUCCUUCAACACUCAGCUUCAUAUAAGCAGGUGUGAUAGGAAAUGAGUGCCAACUGUGUUAUCUUAGCGAAUUAUUUCUAAUACAAUCAAAUCUAAGGCUGUUCACUUACACAGAAUAUGAUGUGAGAGCCACUUUCAAAUAAAUUAGCAAAAAAGAAAAUUAGCGUCUGGCAAAAAAUUAACGUUAACACCAAUUUACCGAGGUAGGUAAGUGUUCGCUUCGUCAUUUGCGUAUUCGUAGCAAAAAUUAAUGCAUUACGCAUUCAAGCGUCAAGGAACGAGUUCAGGUUCACCCACAAUCAACAGUACGUGGUUGCACCGUAUAGCACGCGCCAAAUAAGGGCGAUCACACUGAAUAAUAUUCAUGCUUAUUAUCAACUAUUAAAUUAUGCGUGAUAGGAGAUUUUAACGAUUUGAUGGACGUUGGGUGAGGUUACAGUAUCAUACAUAAAAUUGUGGAAGGAGAGAAUUUUGAAGGUACUUAAUAUAG